AGGAGGGGAGUGAGAACUCUAAAGAGGAGGAAAAAGAAGAAAAAGAAGAAGAAGAAGCAACCGCCUUUUCGCCGGCGCUCAUCUAAAAUGGAAAGGCAAAUUUUCCGAACCAAGCUCACGGAUAAAGAGUUGCUCCUUCCCAAUUUCACAGUUGCUGCAGGACAUGAGAACUUGAAACAACAUCUUGAGAAUCGUGAAUCACAUCGGAAACGGCAAGACGAACGAUAUGAGGCUUUCUCGCGUUGAAGCCUAAAUACACAUGCGGGGACUUGAACCACUGUGGUGGAAUUUGUGCGACGCGUCUUUCUCCACCAACCAACGACCAGAGUGCUCUGGUCCAAACUGAACUAUGUAACUCUUUGACGUGAAGAGAAUGAAAGGUGUCUCUAUUUAUUCAGAGAUCACCAAUACCAUUCUUUCUUCUGUUCAUCCAACCCAACCGAAUCAUAGGAGCACAAACCCGAACCCAAGCGAUGAUCACGACGAUGACCAUGACUACCAAGAGCAUCACCAAUCCGCCGCCAGCAGUGGCAAGCAUCGUCCUAAAGAGUGUGGCCACUAUUCCAGCUUUUAUCCCUUUGUAAAUGAAGACGCUCAAUACGAAAGUGAAUUUAACAGGCCAAUAAAGUCUGUGGCUGCCUUCCCUAGUACAACAAAUAUUUCAUCAUCGCUUACCCUAAAAACAGCCACAACAACCAUUGUUUCUGCUUCCGGGCUCAUUGCUACGCAAUCACUGAGCUCGCCAUUAUUGCGGCCAUUAGCAUCGCUCUCAUCCUCAUCUCCAUCGUCAACCACUACCCCGACUAACCUCUUCGCCGGUCGAGAUCUGCAUAACCAGCUUUUACCCUAUAGAAAUCAGUAUAACCACUAUCACCUCCACCAACAGCAUCAGCAGCUAUUACUGCACCAACAACAACAGCAACAACAACAUCAACAACAACAGGAAGACCUCGAACAGUUACACGUCGAUCUUCAACAACAACAGCAACAACAGGAGCAACAACAGCAACAAAAUUCAACCCUUUACAUUCCUGCGGCCCGGCGAUUGGGACCCUUGUAUUCAGGCUUCUCUGGUGGCGGGGGGGAGACGCCGACUUCAUCCCCCAUUUUGGCUUCAUCAUCUGUAUCAGCACAAGAAAUUGACAACAACGAAUCAAGCAACGCUGGUGAAGUGCCUAGUGAUAGUUCACCCCCGUAUUCCCUAAACUUAUUAAGUGCUCAAGCUUGUGACCCCGACCCUCACGAAAGGGCCAUGGCGGCCACCGCUUCUUAUCAUACCUCUAGUCAUUUCUCCAGUUUACCUUCGCCGAACUCGGACAGUCGGCGGCCUAAUUCCGUUGUUCCCUCAAUUGUGGAUACCAAACCGAUCACCUCAGUCACCCCCGGGGGACUGCCGUUUUGGGGCAAUGAUUAUCACAAAUACUCGGCCGCCGGAUCGGCGGCUGCCGCUGCCGCAGCAGCAGCCUGUUUGCCCCCGGGUUCGUCAAGUGUCAGUUCUCCCGAGUGCCAAGUGGGCGGAUUCUCCUCGCAUCAAGCCGCGGCAGCCGCGGCUGCCGGCUGGAAUUAUCCACAUCCUGGUCAAUACGCUGCGGCGCUGGCCCCUCCCCCGUCAGACGCAGCUGCCGUUGAAGCUGCCCGUGCCAGAGCUCAUAUGAACGAGGCCAAUGCGGCCUCGUCGUUCCACGCAGAUUAUAGCAGAUUACAAUACACGCACGAUACCGCAGGAAUUUAUACACAUCCGCACGGUUUUUUCUUUCCUCCCUCCGGACUUGGUGGUCCCCUAGAUCAUUGGACGGGCCAUGUGAGUGUCAGAAAGAAGCGCAAGCCGUAUUCCAAGUUCCAAACCCUUGAACUAGAGAAGGAAUUUUUGUUCAAUGCAUAUGUGUCAAAGCAGAAACGAUGGGAACUGGCUCGAAAUCUCAAUCUAACUGAAAGGCAAAUCAAAAUCUGGUUUCAAAACCGAAGAAUGAAGAGCAAGAAGAACAACCAAAGACAACAAAAUCAUCAGAGUCAGCCCGAUUCUCAACAUUCUUCUUCCUCGACUUCCUCCACAAAUCAACAGCAACAACAGCAGCAGCAACAACAGCAACAGCAACAGCAGCAAGUUGUUCCUGGCCCAAGUGGUUCCACUGGAUCUAGCAGUGUCCUCACACCCCACCAUCAUCAUCAUCACCAUCACCAUCAUCCAAAUAGCGUUUUAACGAACCCAUUGCACAAAGGACAUUAACUACAGUACUGCUACAGUAGAGCGAGCCAACCAACAGCAACAAGCUACUAGUGUUGUUAGUACUGCUCCUACUACUUACAAUUACCAAUGUUAUCCUGCAUGUCUUUUUGCUCAUUACUCUCACAUCCUCCUAGUACUACGACAACUUUAGCCAGAGUUGAGACCUUCAGAUCUAACUAAUACAUCAACAAACAUAAACAAACAACCCCUCCCUACCUACCCACCCAACCAACCAACCAACCACCUCUUUCGUGGCCAUAUCAUCAUCAUCAAUUAUAUCCCAAUUCUGGUUGACCUCUCCUCUAUUCAUGCAUACAACUAUACCCAUUUGCAAUCAUUGUCGUGAGACUGACUCCCCUUUCUAAAAGUAGUUGUUUCAUUAUCGGUCCAAGUUUAGCAAUUUAUGUGGAUGUUCGUGAUUUCUGCAUGAUUAUUAUUAUUAUUAUUACAUGCUCAUCGUUGUCACGAGAGGGCCACACAUUUCUCGUCUUUGUCAACAUCAUGCUGAUGUAAAAACUAAAAAUAAACAAACUGUACUGUUUAUAAAAAAAAGGCUUCUUUGAAGUU